GGCUUCUGCAAAAUCACAUCCGUCAAGUCUCUAGUAAACGUAGAGGAACUUCUUAAGUUGCAAGGAGUAGAGUCGCAAAGAGUGGAGUUCAAGAAAGCUUGGCAGAAUCGGAAGGGAACUCCAAGAAGCACUUAUUGGCAAGUUAUUCAUACUAUCACCGCCUUUGCCAACGACCUUUAUAAUGUAAACGGUGGAUAUAUCAUUAUCGGUGUGGAAGAGAAAGAAGACUGUGAAUCUCCUGAUAGCCUUCAGGUCAUUUUACCACCGCUUGGUGUCACAGGAAAUCUUGAUAAAAUACAGAAGGAGAUAUCUGGAGCUUUUCGAGAGAACAUCAAACCUGAAAUUAAUCCCAUACUGCAACCUGUGGUCGUCGAUGGAAAAAAAGUUCUCGUUAUCUGGGUCAGACCUUCGUCAAACGAAUGGAACUAUUACAUAAGAGAUGGCACGGAAACCAAGAAAGCAAAGCCGGAACAAAUAAGCCUACUUCAUCAACACUUCAGGGCGCCUCCAUUUGAUGACAGAAAAGCGCAUAAUACUGGUAAGGUACAUAAAACCUAGCUUGUACACAUGAAAUGACUCCAGAGGCAUGCGCUAUUUUAGUGUAACUCAGUAUCACCCAAAAACAGAAUAGUUUCAAAUACAAUAUGGAGAAAGACUCCCUAGUUGCAAACUUAAAAAGUGCGCAGAAGAGUAAAAUGAGUUCUCAGAACUGUUGUAACUAGACGAUUAAAAUAGCACAAGUUAUUCCGAUGGACAGGGGAAUUUCUAUUCUUUUUAUGCGUUACCCGAAUCCAAUUAAUUUCAACGUCCUGCGGGAGACGAAGUUAAUUAUAUGUGCCAUUUACCAAUCGUGGCGAGUUGUUAUUAUUUCAUGCUUUCAAUAUAUCUAACAGCUUUAAAUUCAGCGAUAAAAAAUGUCCUACUUAAUUGAACCAGUUGAACAUCCGGAUGCGCAGCAGAAGAAUUAUUUUUUGCAUAAUAAUGCGCUUAUAAUUUUGGAAAUAUUUGAAAUCAAUAUUAAGUUUUUCUUUUUUAAAGAAGCUUUAAGCCGAUAAGUCUGAUCGUCCUAAUGAGACUUGUCAUAGGAUGGAAAGUUUUCUGUUCACGACAUACACAACAGAUAAACCGAAUAUAAGAAAUAAACGACACUUUUUAAAAACAUGUUUCGACAGUUCUUCUGUCAUCUUCAGUUCUGAUUUAUACGUCAAUACCUUUUUCGAACCCAAAGACUACGUAGAAAACUGACACUAGAAAAUUUGCUUUUUUUUUGACGCUGAAGUAUAUCAGGAGGCUAAAUCAAUGAAAUUGUUUUGUUUAUUUCUCACCAGAGCUCGGUUCCAUGUUGAAUGAAAACAGCAUAGAUUUGAGUUUGGUACAACAGUAUUUGAAAGAUAUCGAUAGUGCUCUGAUUGGUCAAAAGAUGGAACCGGUUCAUCUCUAUGAAAAACUGCAACUGGUACACCCAGUGACCGAACGAAUGUUUACACCACGAAAUGUGGCCUUACUUUUCUUUCACCCAAGUCCUCACGAAUUUUUCACGGGUGCUAACACUGAAAUUGCUGUAUUCACUCACGACAACGAGGCAAAAGAAGAGGUGCUAAUCACUGGUCCAAUCGACCAACAAAUAAAGAAAUGUUUGCGUUUUAUUCUGGACAUCCCAAAGAAAGAGUCGUGCCAUGCCAUGAUUGCAUAUCCUGAACGAGCUCUUCGUGAAGCCGUUGUUAACGCUUUCCAUCACAGAAGUUAUGAAAGGUGUCAUCCUGAUCCAAUCAAAAUUCAUAUUAAGCCAAAGUUCAUUGACAUCAUUAGUUAUCUUGGUCCAGAUCCCAGUCUGAAUCAAGAAGAUUUCUCUGAAGAUGGAGAAGUACCACCUGUCCCAUCCAGGAAUAGGAGGAUAGCAGACUUCUUAAAAUCAUUGAAGCUGGCUGAAGGGAGAUACACUGGUGUCGGCACAAUCUUUCGUUCUAUGAAGGAUAACAACAAUCCCAAACCUAAAUUUGAUUUCAAAGAGUCAUACUUUCGCGUCCGUCUUCCUGGGCACCCCAAAUACAUCGUUCAUUCCGUCAGAAGUAGAGCUGAUAAUCUCUGUGCAAAGGGGAACAAGGUAGAAGCCGUGAAACUGAUCACAAGAUUCCUCGAGGAAAAUCCAACAAUGCAGUCUGAAACCCUCAUCGUUAAGCUUUUGGACUUGCUCGAGGAUGACAAGCACGAUGCAAAAUAUCAUUGUUAUCGCGAGUAUAUUGAAGAAAGGAGACAACGCCGUAGUCCUCUUGAGGAAGAGCUGCUUAAAUGGAGUGAAGCCGAUAGAACAGACAUACAGGCCGGUGUCAAACUUGUCAAGAGCCUGGUGGAAGAGGGUGCAGGCAUCAGAGACCUUUCUUGUGUUGUUUCUAAGGCGUCUGAACUCUGUCAGAAGAAUGCAGAUAAAGAAAAAAACUUGGAAGCCUCACAGAACGCUCACAAGCUCUAUGAGGCUAUGGGUGAGGUUGUACAAACAGAUACUUUAGUAUCUUUCCAGUUUGCAGACUGUUUGUUAAAUUUGUUCUGCUUAAACACUACCAAUGAAGGAUCAGAAAAGGGUAACAGCAUUGAAGAGCGUAAAAAUCUUUUACCACUCCUAGGAAAGGCAGAAGAUUAUGUGAAAAAAGCCACACAGCUGACACGGCUGAAAGAUGACUUUAAGAUGACUGAUGACAGACUAAAGAUGACUGCUUUGCAGCACCGCUUACUUGGCUACAUCCACUUCCAGAGAUGUUCAGUCGAAAAGUCAUUUGAGAGAGACUACAAAGAUUGCUACGUCAAAGCUCGCUUGUAUAACCCGACAAUAUUCGUCAAUCCUGACUUUGAUCCAGAGAGAUCUCUUUCACGAAAAAUAUUAUGUACGAGCGCAGACAAAAAGAAAAAGAGCCAUCAGACAUCAGAUUUAUCAGAAGUCACCCGUUCGUGGCCAGAAAUAGCAAAUACUCGCUGCAAAAAGGACGAUUGCCUUGACUUAUUAGAAACUUAA